AUGGGAUUGUCUGCAAAUUUGAAAGUGGUAGAAAAUAUAUCUAGACAAACUAACAAAGAUUCCAAUACUCUGAAUGUAUUGGAUAAAAACCUGGAUAUAGAAGUAACCAGAGUUGAAAGACCAAUGGAUGUCAGUAUUUCAACAUCAGAAUUAGUGCGGGUGAAACCUGUUGUUCCAAUGAACGGAUUUUUUGAUAACACCCUCAUCAGACCAGAUUUAGAGGUGCUUCAAUCCGUUAAUGAUUGCAAUGACGAGUUGAAAAAAGUGCAAUUUGAACUGCCAGAAGAUGUUGGUUGGAUCAAAGUGAAUUUUGAAAUGAACGGUUUUAACAGAGUGAACUACGAUGAAAAUGGCUGGUCAGAAAUCAUACAUCAGCUCAAAAACGACCAUACUAACAAAUUCGAACGCUUCAGAACAAAGAAAGUUACUCUGGCAGAGGCUCUCAGUCUUGCGUCCUAUUUGGCUAAGGAAGAAAAAAAAGAACCUUGGAACAUCUUUUUGGAGAAUUAUUGGCUCAUAGACCAAAUGUCCACCAAUUCAAAUAAGACUUCAUUCAAGGGUGCGAUUAAAACAUUGAUAACACCUCUUUUGACCAAACUUGGUAUCACAUUAGAGGGAGAUUCUGAAACAAUAUCGUUAAGGAUAUUAAUGACAGAUCUGGCGUGCAAUUUGAGUAUGCAUGAGUUCAUUGACUGGAUAAAGGAGUUGUCAAAGCAAGCCAACAAUAGAUCAUUGAAAUUAAGCCUAUCUUUUGACGCAACGCGACUCCUACACGGCAACGCAGUGAAAUAUGGAGGCGAAUAUGAAUGGAACUAUUUUAUGAGCAUAGUCUCGGCUAAUGACACAACGGGCUUUCAGAAAGUUAAUGCAAUAAAUGAUCUUUCCAACAGUCAAAACUUGACUAAAAUUUUGAACAAAAAUAUAAAACCAUUUGACAAAACCGCAAACUGGAAUGCAAUCCACGUAGCGAAAUAG